AUGUCUGCUUCGCUAGGUCAACGCCUCCAAGCUCUUGCAGAUGCGCACAGGGAAACUUUGAAUUUAAUCCAUGAACUGCGGAAAUUUUCGGCCGCCUCAUAUAGUAACGGAGACCCAGACGAGCGGCGAGUCGAACUUGCAACUGAGAUUCACGACAACUUGAAAGAACAAGAAGAUACCCUAGAGAUUCUCAGGCAAGAGUCUGAGGAUGAUUCCAUACCAAUACAACGGCGUGAUACUCUUCACAGAAGAGACAGAGAAAGCGAGCGCGAACGAAAUGCAGACCUGCUAGCCCGACUCACCGAGGACCUGAAGAUCGCCAGGACGAAUUUCAGACGCGCACAGCUUGAGGCGAAGAAGAACCUUGACAAGGAAAAGAGGAAACAGAGGGAGCAGCUAUUUGCGGAUCGAAAGACCGAUGGGCAUAUUCGCACCCGCCCAACACACGACAAGUUGACACAGGAUGAGCUGGCACUGCGGGCCGCAGAGGAUGUUACUAUGGCCUUGCGUCGAGUGCAUAAUCAGCUGGAGGGAGAACUAGCACGAUCACAAUUUGCACAGCAGACUUUGGAGGAGAGUCAACAGGCUCUCGAAUCUCUCACAGAGAGUUAUUCGGGGACGACCGACUUGUUGAAGACUUCCCGGGGCUUCGUGACUCAACUUGUGCGCAGUACUAAGUCGGACACAUGGUUCUUGAGGAGCUCGUUCUAUCUAUUGGCUGCAACGAUAUGUUGGCUUUUCUACAGAAGGCUGCUGUAUGGACCCAUGAUGCUGUUCAUCUGGUGGCCAAUCCGUAUCCUGCUGUGGUCUCUGUCGUCUCUUGGGACAGCAGUGCUUGGCCGAUCGGACCUGGCACCAUCGCGAGCUCCAGUACCGUCUCUUUCUAUAUCUAUGCCUGGAAUGAAUGCAAGAGGAAUGCCAACGCUCAAUCCCGUCAUGCUGUCGCGGAGUGUGGAAUUACCAGCCAAAGGCGGAGGAUGGGACAGAAGGCCUGCUCAACCACCGGUGGAACCAGAGAGUAUGGUCGAGAAAGUUGGCCAGAUUACGGAGGAUGGGGCCACCAACAUCGACGAUAUUACAGAGGAGGAACGUAAGGCUCAAGAAGAACAACCCCGGAAUUCUCUGAAGCGGAUGAUGGAGGUAGAGGUGGAAACUCGGACAGCGAGGGACGAACUAUGA